AUAAACCUUCGGGCGAAAAUGACUUCUAUCAGUCUAGUUGACAUUCUGAAGGCACGCGAAGUGGUCAAAAAGAGUCGUUCUGUCGUUAGAACGCCCAUGCUGACGAAUGUACAAACACGACUUGGUUUGGAGAAGGGCUCAGUAGAUAUUAACCUCAAACUUGAAACAAUGCAAAGAAGCGGUUCUUUCAAGAUGCGUGGGCUGACGAAUCAACUUGCUAACGCUCCCAGCUCUGUACUUGAUGGCAGUAGGAAAUUGGUGACCAUGUCAGCUGGAAAUUACGGUAGGGCUUUUGCUCAGGCACUGCAUGAGCGGAAUCUGAAAGGAGUAGUCUGUAUGCCAGAGACUGCACCAGAAAAUCGGUGCCAACUUAUACAGGGAUAUGGUAUUUCUGUGGAAAGGAUGACAUCUACAGAAUUGAUGACGACGGUCAAGAGGCAUGUUAUAGAAGAUGGCAUGACAUUUCUUCAUCCCUUCGAUGACAUGAAUCUGAUUCAAGGUUAUGGAAGCUGUGGCUUGGAGAUUUUGGAAGAUGUUCCAGAAGUAGAUCUUGUUCUUGUAUGUUGUGGCGGUGGAGGCCUGGUGGCUGGAAUUGCUGCAGCUAUCAAAUUGUCAGGCAAAACGGACUGCCAAGUCGUUGCAGUUGAGCCUGAGGCAGCACCGAGCAUGUACCAAAGCAGACUAGAUGGCAAGCCAGCUACAAUUACGCCAAAGCCAACCAUUGCUGCCGGCUUAGCUCCUCCUUUCACAGGAGGUAUCUGUUUCGAUCUUGCUCAACAGUUUGUGGAUGAUGUUGUUCUAGUAAGCGAACAAGACAUAAUCAGUGCUGUCGAGACGUUGUAUGGUAUUGGUCUUGUUGUUGAGCCAUCGGGUGCAGCAGGAAUGGCAGCUCUACUUGCUGGGCGAGUCGACAAUGUGAGUAGCAAACGUGUAGUGAUCGUACUGACCGGAAGUAAUGUUUCACCCAAAGAGCUUGACAAGUUGGUAUCAGAUAAUGUUAAAAAAUGACGUCACGACGCGUCAUUGCACUCACUCGCUGAUUGAUUUGUUUGCAAAUGGUGGAUUUCAUAAAUAAAAUGCAUAGUGUAUCCAUGCACACUUGUGUUUGGCCAAUUGCCUUUUCUUUGUGACUCUUGUCUCAUUGCUUUGUUAAUAGAAAACUUAUUUCGUUUGAUUG